AGGAGUGAUGUUAACUUUACUACUCUCUUCGAUGGUCUGCGAUGCACCUGCCCGUGCAUUCCUGAAAAAUGUUAAAGGUCACACAGGCUAUCACGGAUGUGAAAAAUGCACACAGGAUGGUUUGUACCUAGAAAAUAGAAUGACAUUUCCAAGAAUUGACAUGCCUUUAAGAACUAAUGAGAGUUUCAGAAACAAGACAGAUGCUGAUCAUCAUCAUGGUCCAUCACCUCUUGAAGAAACAUCCCUAAACAUGGUCUCUGGUUUCCCCCUCGACUACAUGCACCUUGUGUGCCUCGGAAUCAUGAGAAGGCUUCUUCUCUUGUGGCUGAAGAUGGGUCCUCUGACUUGUAGGCUGUCAGGAUUUCAAAUAAACACAUUGUCAGAAAGACUGUUAAAUGCUCGGAGAAGUGUGCCCAUGGAGUUUGCACGGAAACCAAGGGCACUGAGAGAAAUUGAUAGGUGGAAGGCAACAGAGUUCAGGCAGUUUUUACUGUAUACCGGACCUGUCAUGAUGAAAGAUCUUCUUAACACAGAGGUGUACAAAAAUUUCUUGCUACUUUUUGUGGGAAUCUUCAUCCUGUGCAACAACAGUUUGAUUGAAGAAUACUGUGAUUAUGCUAAUGACAUACUGGUGCUCUUUGUCACUCACUUUGGUCAACUGUAUGGUCCACAAUUCUUGUCCUACAAUACACACUGCCUUGUACAUCUUGCAGAUGAUGGGAAAAGGCAUGGUGUCCUUGACAACUUCAGUGCUUUCAAGUACGAGAAUCACCUAAACAAACUCAAAAGACUUCUGAGGAAACCAACAUGCCCUCUGAGUCAAAUAAUAAAAGGAUUCUCAGAAAUGCAAAGAUGCUGCAAAAAAACUCACAAAACCAGGCCACAUCUCCUCAAGAAACCACAUGCGACUGGUCCUCUACCUGCAUCCUUUCAUGAGGCGACAUAAUAUAAAGAGUUGAGAACAAGCCUUCACACUCUGAAACUGGAUCAGGCAAACAGUCAGGUUUGCAUUGGCGGCAAAGUUGCUAAGCUGCAAAACAUAAUUUCAUUCAGGGAUGAAAUUUAUGUAGCUUACAGUACCUUCAAACACCAGGAAUCCUUUUUUGACUAUCCACUGCCAUCCUCUACACUUGGCAUUCAUUUAGUGGAUGACCUCUCAACAACAGUUGAUUUCUGCAAGUUUGAGGAAAUAGAGAGCAAAAUUUUUCUUGUCCCCUAUCACAAUCAAUUCGUUUAAAUUCCUCUUUUACAUACGGAGUAAUUCUUUAUCAGCACUUUUUGUUUCAUAGUUCAUGCAUUUCAAUUACAUUGUUGAAAAUUAAUCAGUUAAUAAACAAUACGGGUUUCAGGCUUGCAAAAAAAAAAAAAAAAAAAAGAAAGAAAAAAAAAAAAUGUACCUAAUCGUGGAGUUUGAGGGAGAAGGGACGACUGGACCAGCCGCCAAGUCCUGGUAUGCAGAUGGCUACUCCUGGUGGCCACCAUAUAAAGACCUUGACAGGUUGCUGAAGAGUGUUAGGACAAUGGAGGCACCACAGCCAGAGAAAGGGUGGACCCGACAUAGAGCAAGAAUCCUGCACGAGUCAGCAUCUUUUCAGAAUGUAGCCAACAACUGGAAGAAGGCCAGCUACACUUCUGACAUAAACGCAGAACCUGAAAUUGCAGGAAAAAUGAUUCCCAA